GGGCACCAUGCUAUUCUGGGCAUCUUAAUUCUGCGUGGUUAUUCUAAUCCAAGGCGAUAAACGCCGCCGUUUAGUCUUCCUUCCCAAGGGCAAGGGCACGACGAAGACGACGAACAAGAGCGCGAGGAUUGCAGCAACAGGUGAUGGACUCGACGCUCAAUCCUCCUCUCCACGACCACGGCGAAGACGAGAGCAAGCAUCGCGGCGGAUCACCGGUGCUCUACAAGGAGUGCGUUAGAAACAUCAACGCCGAGAAUGGAGGAGAGGAAGUUCACGAUGGAUGUCAGAAGUUCACGGCCGCCGGAAAGGACGGAAGCCCGGAGGCGCUCAAGUGCGCGGCUUGCGGAUGCCACCGGAACUUUCACCAGCAGGAGAGUGAGACCCCGACAGCGAUCAAAGGUUCCGACUUGACGCAAUUCGCCGACGAUAUCCUGGGGGUUGUCAAGAAGACGAAGCGCAAGAACACUCACCGGGCCAUCAAUCUGGCCACGCAAGUCCUCGAACACGUCUCCAAGCUGCUCAACAUUCUCGCCCAAGUGAUCGACGAUCCCGACGACACUGGCAAGGUAGCAGCUAGUGGUCAGAACAGCAAAGCAAAGGCGAAGGAAGAAAAACGAACCUCUUGCGAAGAGGCGCUGGCUGUUGUUGUGGCGUCGUCCAAGGACAAAGCUCAGAGUCCGGAUGAUAGCACUCCAAAGGAGAAGCGAAAGAGGACCAUCUUCAGCGCCGAGCAGCUCACCAAGCUCGAAGCUCUGGCCGAGAGUGUGCACUGGUCUCUGGGAAACAUACCCAAGGAUCAACAGGCGAGUGCUGCCAUGGAGAUCGGGAUAACGGUCGAAUCGCUUAAGUACUGGUUCCACAACAGGAAACAGAAGAAGAAGCCAACCCGGAAGUCGUGAGCUUCUCUCUCUGUGUAUGUAUCCUAGAUAGAAUUCAAAGUCGCUCGAAUCGAAAUUUGUCUUUUGCUCUCUUUUACGUCAAUACCGCUCCUCCAAAAACUCUGGUGUCAAUCAAGCUGGCAGUGAUUCGGAAGAAACAAUUAAUAGAAG